AUGUCUCUCACCACAGUUGAUGUCCUUAUUGUUGGAGCAGGCCCCGCCGGACUUAUGUGUGCAUACAGCCUGUCUCAGGCCGGGCUGCAUGUUCGUAUUAUUGACAAGAAAACCGAGCGUCUCCAAAAGGGACAGGGCGACGUUCUGCAGACCAGAGGAUUGGAGAUUAUAGAUAGUCUUGGACUGUCUUCGCAAAUUUUGCAAGAGGCUCAACGAUGCGUUCACACCGCAACCUAUGCGUCCUCGCCUGCCAGUAAUGGCGAAAUUUCCCUCGUUUCCCGAAAGAGCGUUGUUCAGGGAGUUGAUUCCAAUAUGGUAUUCAUGGGUUUGUAUGCACAGAGCUCUGUGGAAGGAAUUCUCCGUCAAGUCCUUGCCUCUGGUCGAAAGCACAUACCGAGCGCCACAUUCGUGCCAGAGUCUCAGCCACUAAGCCCCUCCCGCAAAGUUGAGGUUGAACAGGGGGUAUUCCCAGUUGAGAUGAAAGUGACGGACGACGGUGAUGGUUACCCGGUUACUGCUUGUUUACAACAUCCGGAUGGCAAAAAAGAGACAGUAAAAGCCAAAUAUUUACUUGGUUGUGACGGGGCCCAUUCCUGGGUCCGUACUCAAUUAGGGAUUGAAAUGGUCGGAGAAACCUCUGACCAGGUGUGGGGUGUUGUCGACGCGUAUAUUGAUACGGACUUCCCUGAUGUUCGUGCGUUGACCGUAUUCGACAAUAAUGGCCGUCAUGCAGUAUUGAUUCCUCGAGAAAACGACAUGGUGCGAUUUACCAUUCAGGUUUCCGAAUCGGACGUAUCCGUCAAUUCUGAAACCGGGCGUAUUGACCGAACCAAAAUUGGAGUAGAGAGAAUCCUACAGCUCGUCAAGGGGCUCAUGAAGCCUUACCGCGUAGAUUUUAAAAGAGUCGACUGGUCUGGUGUCUACGUGAUUGGGCAGAGACUCGCAUCAAGAUACCAAGAUCAAAGUAAAAGGAUAUUUAUUCUGGGUGAUGCUUGCCAUACUCAUUCACCCCAUGCUGGACAAGGAAUGAAUGCUGCGAUUAGCGAUGCUCACAACCUAUCUUGGAAGCUCGUCCAUGUACUCAAAGGCUGGGGGGCGCCUGAAUUACUUCACACGUAUGAGUCUGAACGACGUGAUUUCGCGGUUAAAUUAAUUGAACUCCACGAGCGUAUUGCAGAAGUCAUGUCCGGCAAAGUAAAGGGCACAUCUAGCGAUUUGAUGAUAAAAUCCGUGAAGUUUGUUUGGCCCUUUUCUACCCUCGACCUUUGCAAUUCAGACAACAUGUAUAAGAUCAUAGUUUUAACGGGGGACGCGAAGGAUACGACACGGAGAGAGAAGCUCGAGGAGGUUGGUAAGACUUUGAAGCAGUGGCGCCUUCAACGCCCCAAUAUGUUCCAAGUGUAUACAAUCAUGGCAACGAAGAAGGAGAAUGGUAACUAUACCGAUGUUCCGGAUACUCUCCGUCCAUAUUGGGACACGGUCUUCCUUGAUGAUAUCUCAUAUGCGGAGCACGAAGGAGGAGGCAAGGCCUACCAGUCGUUUGGCGUGGGCCCAGAAGGUUGUUUGGUACUCGUUCGACCAGAUGGCCAUGUUGCGGCUCUCGCAUCAUUGGAGGAGAGCCAAAUUCUUCAGGCGCUCUGUUCUGUAAAAAUACCACUCGGGUUCUACUCUAACAAAGAUAGCCAGUUUAAAGCGCCCUCGAUCAAAACUGCCCAGUUCCACGCCCCACACAUGGUUAUGGGCAUCUCACCACCACUAAUGUCGACUGAGGUAGCACCAUUGCUGCCCACACUAAGCGAGCAGCCAAAGCAGUCGGCAUGGCUCAGAAUAAAGAAAUUUACCAAUGAAGCGAAGACUCUGGUCAAAUCUGCUAUCCCAGUUCUAGGAGCCCAAAUUCUCGAAUAUUCUUUGAUCCUAGUGUCGGCCGUAUCGCUAGGUCAUGUAUCGACUGAAGCCCUGGCAGCAUCAAGCUUGAGUUCCAUCACAGCCACCGUAACCGGCUUGAGCGUUGUGCACGGGUUUGCCAGCGCUCUGGACUCGUUGUUACCCCAAGCAUGGACUAGUGACCAUCCUGAGAAUGUGGGCCUGUGGGCUCAACGCAUGGUAAUAGUGAUGCUUAUCAACACAUUGCCUAUCACAGCCAUUUGGUUAAACGCCGAAAACAUCCUAUUGCGUUUGGGCCAAGAAGAAAAGAUAGCUCAUCUGGCUGGACUGUAUCUUGGAUGGUUUACGUUGACUCUUCCGGGCCUUAUUAUCGGUGUGGUAACAAGGCGCUACCUCCAGGCACAGGGAAUUAUGCAUGCGCAAACAAUUGUUAUGGUUUUUAUUGCUCCGGCCAACUUGUUUCUUAACUGGCUCCUAGUCUGGGGACCGCCAGCAUUUCGAUUGGGAUUUAUUGGUGCCCCUAUUGCCAGCUCUAUAUCCUUCACUCUGUCCGCCGCCAUCUAUGUUGGGUAUGCUUGCGUUUUUGUACCAAAAAAGGCUUGGCACCCUAUUGGGAGACAAUCCUUCAGGGGCUUAGGCACACUUUACAGUCUGGGACUCUCUGGAACCGGACAAAUCGCGACUGAGUGGUGGAGCUGGGAAUUUCUUGGCUUGAUGUCUUCGAGGUUCGGGGCAACUUCGCUCGCCGCGCAAAGUGUGUUGCUCGUAUCAGCAAGCGUUGCGUUCCAGACCCCUUAUUCACUUGGAGUGUCGGUUGCGGUCCGAGUGGGAAACCUGCUAGGCUCCGGCGAUAGCCGCAAAGCAAAAGUGGCAGCUGAAACUGGGAUUGGUCUGUCAAUUAUUACCGCUUUGACCAUGAGGUACACGCCGUUCCUAUCGCUCUUCAUUGUUGACGGGGUCACAGCGGUCACAGAUGGAGUCCUGAGAGCCACUGGCAGGCUGGGGUUGGGCGCCAUGGUCAAUAUCACGGCUUAUUACUGCAUUGGUAUUCCUCUCGGUUUAUAUUUGGCCUUCUGGAAAGGCCUGGAAUUGCAAGGCCUAUGGAUUAGAAUCACAGCAGCGAUUUUCUAUGCUGCAAGCGCAUCGGUAUAUGCAGUGUCCCGAACGUCUUGGCAGAAGGAGGUCGAGAACGCCUCGCAACGUUUGAAGCGCGGACAAAGAGACCAAAUAUCUGAGCCAUAA